GCAGAAAACCCACUCCGCGCCUGCUCAGUUGCAGUGAAGCCGAGGCCUGCCGGCUUUGAGGAGGUGCCGCGGCGCCGCGUGACGAGCCAGGCCGGCCCUCGACGUCCUCUUCCCGCCAUGGCUCGCGACGUGAAGAGCAAGCUCUCCAAGAACCUUCUCCGCAUGAAGUUCAUGCAACGGGGUCUCGACUCUGAAACCAAAAAGCAGCUUGAAGAAGAGGAACAGAAAAUCAUCAGCGAGGAGCAUUGGUUCCUGGAUCUUCCCGAACUGAAGGAAAAGGAGAGCUUCAUCAUCGAAGAAAGGAGCUUCACCCCCUGCGAAGACCUCCUCUUCGGCAGAAUGUCCUUUAAGGGGUUCAACCCGGAGGUCGAGAAGUUAAUGAUCCAGAUGAACUCGAGGUUCCAGGAGGCGGAAGGAACGGGCGAGGGCGACGCUGCCAUGGAAGCGGACGUCUCGGAUGAAGAGAUGGCCAGAAGGUACGAAACCCUGGUGGGGACCAUCGGGAAGAAGUUCCUGAAGAAGCGGGACCGCCGCGCGAUGCAGGAGCCCCCCGGGGACGAGGAGGGCGGGAGCGGCGACGACAACGACGACGAGAGGCCCAGCCAGGCCAAGAAGGCCUUCCUCAAGCCCCGGGAUUAAGCCCCGCGGCCGGUUCGAGCUUCCUUCCUCUUCCAUGUCACGGCCAUGAUUCAUCUUGUGCCUGCAGAUCGCACAACCGUACUCCCUCGCUGAUGACAUCCCCGAAUUUUUUUUUCUGGCUUUGGCUCUGCUGAAAAGGUAGUUUAAAGAGAAGAGACUUACCCUCAGGAAGCUGGAGAAGUUUAAACUGCUUCUAUGUCUGUCUCUGUUCUAUGUGUAUAUGGCAUUGUAUGUUUGCCAAUUAUGUGUAUAGUGUGUUCCGCCCUGAGUCCCCUUCAGAGUGAGAAAGAAGGGCGGAAUAUAAAUACUGUAAAUAAAUAAAAUAAAUAAAUAAAUAAAUAAUACCUGCUCAGCGGUACAAUCUCUGCUCUUUGGAGAUCUCUUUGCUUUUGGGGAACACCGAAAACACAGCACGGAAACAAGCCAAGUCUUGCAACUUUGGAUCUGCAAACCAUUCACACUUGUUUCCUCCUUUGGUGGGGUCUGUGUGGGCUAUCACGUCCUGACAUCCGGGGAGCAGGAGAGACAAAGUCCAUUGGCAACAUUUCUGCACUUUCCCCUUCUGCCAAUUGAAUUUUGCUUCUUACGUUCUGACGAGGCCGACAUUCCCUUUGUUUGCAUGUGAUUAGAUAGCAAGACUAAGGGCUUUCCAUUUGGCUGAUAAGGAAGGGAGAAUAUGACUAUCUAACGGAGAGUUUUCUGUUUCAAACAGGCGGAACUUCAAGACCCGUGCGCAUGGCAGAGAAGAGGGGCUUUGUUGUGAGGCAAGGCAGGGCUGGCCAGGCACAACAAGGGGUCUUGUGGGGCAAUAUUUGGCAAUGGGGUCCCAAUGGGGGAGAGCACAAGCACCCCUUUGCCAAUCAGGGCCUGACAAAUGCCCUUAACCUGCCCGGUCAUGCUCAUGCGCAUGCACACAGGGUGCACGCACGCACACACACGGGACCUUGUUGAUAUUAUUAUUAUUAUUAUUAUUAUUAUUAUUAUUAUUAUUAUUAUACUGGGAUCUGCAUGAAUCAUCUGAAAAUACAUCACACAGUCCUAGACACUUGGAAAGUGUUUGACUUGUGAUUUUGUGAUGCGAAAUCCAGCGUAUUUAUCUUGUUUGCUGUGUCAUACAAUAAUAAUAAUAAUAAUAAUAAUAAUAAUAAUAAUAAUAAUAGAUCACACAGUCCUAGACACUUGGGAAGUGUUCGACUAGUGAUUUUGUGAUACGAAAUCCAGCAUAUCUAUCUUGUUUGCUGUGUCAUACAAUAAAAUAAUAAUAAUAAUAAAUACAUCACACAGUCCUAGACACUUGGGAAGUGUUCGACUUGUGAUUUUGUGAAACGAAAUCCAGCAUAUCUAUCUUGUUUGCUGUGUCAUACAAUAAAAUAAUAAUAAUAAUAAUAAAUACAUCACACAGUCCUAGACACUUGGGAAGUGUUCGACUUGUGAUUUUGUGAAACGAAAUCCAGCAUGUCUAUCUUGUUUGCUGUGUCAUAAUAAAAUAAUAAUAAUAAUAAAUAUCACACAGUCCUAGACAUUUGGUAAGUGUUCGACUUGUGAUUUUGUGAUACGAAAUCCAGCAUAUCUAUCUUGUUUGCUGUGUCGUACAACAACAACUAAUAAUAACAACAACAACUUUAUUUUUGUACCCUGCCUCCGUCUCCCCGCAGGGACUUGGGGCAGCUAACAUGGGGCCAGGCCCAAAUUUCCAGAAUAAACAAGAUAAAAUACGUUCACAGUAAAACAAACAUAAUUUGCAUUUAAUAUUACGCAGAUUAAACCAACAAUUUUAAGCAACAAUAUAAUGGUAGGUAAAACCGCCAAAUUAAAACAAUACAACAAUACCCUAUUAAAAGGCUGUGCAGUGCAGUGGGCCGUGCAUGAUUAAAACCUGAUGAGGGAGAUAAGAGUUUUGCAGCAAAGAGGAGAAUCCAAGGUGAGAUCAAUGCUGAGGAGGUUAUUCUUGUGGUCAGUUGUUGAAAGCACACGGGAAGAGCCAAGUUUUCAGGUCUUUCUGUUGAUCUAUGCGCUUCAUGUCCCGAAUGGGGCUCAGAUCUCAGGCAAGCCCCUCAAGUGUUUUAUUGAGAGAGGGUCUGUCUGUCUUGGCCCCCUCUGAGGCUGAGAGAGAGUGACCUCCCAAUGGGUGUUCAUGGUGUGGUUGUCUCGUGGUGUAUUUGUCCAGUGGUGAAACCAUUACAUAGAACGCCAUCUUGGCUUUUCCAAAUUCAGAUCAGUGUGGAUUAAUAAAAUCUGAAGAACAAGUUUGUCUAUUUUCAGUUGCUUGAAAUCUUCCUUAUCUGAGACAAAGAUGAAAUGCACCAUCAUCCUAUCCUUGAUCUAGUUUGGGAGCUUUGACGGAGAGCAAACCCUGCUGCCAUGGGCUAGACGUCAUAGUUCCCGGGGAGGUUGAUGGGGACCAGCUUCCUCUCCAAGGAGAUGCCAAACUCCUCUCGCAGGGUCGGCUCCACCUCCUCGUCCCGCAAGGCCUUGAACUCCACCAGGUCCGUGUCCUCCUCAUAGCCGUACGUGGUCUCUGAGAAGGUCCACCCAACCAGAGCCCGGAAGCCGACCGCGGUCUGGAGGGUGCAGAUGGACUUGCGUGUAAACAGGGAAUUGGGGGACGUUUGGAGGUUCAAACAUUGGGGCUGGAAGUCCUCCAUCGUAACCGGCUUCAGGUUGAAAUAGUAGAUCUCCCUACGUCCCACCUUCCCUACAAGAUGGCUGAAGUCGGGAUCGGGAACGUGUUGCUUCCUCCUGACUUUCUCCAAGUACCACGUCCCCUUCUCUUCCGUGAAGCGAAAGAUCCCCGGUGUUUGAGGCUGGUCUUUGCCGGACACCAGCUCCAUCGGCUCCCACAUUUGGUAGGUAGAGCCAUAACCACCGUCAACAAUAUACGUUGUGCCGUCGAUCACAACCUUCAUGAUGAGGUGGCUCAUGUCCGUCCUGUAGUUGCCUUGCUGCGGGUUGUAGACAUAGGACCCCAGGGGGGUGGUGUCGAACCCCAGGGUCUGGAGAACCCAAAGGAGCAGCUGGUUGUUCUCCAUGCACCACCCGCCCCGCCUCUUGCGCACGAUCUUCUCGUAGACGUCCUCCAGGUCCAGCGUGAUGGUCUCCCCGCAGUGGACGCUCAGGUUUUCAAAGGGAACGGCCCGGAUGUGGUGCUGGAAGAUGUCCGUCAGCGUUUCCAGAUCGAGCUUUUCCAGGGAGCCUUUGUAGCUGGUUCUCGCGAAAUACUCUUCCACGUUCAUGUUUCCUGCAAAGACAUUGUUAAGGGAAGUAAUUAAGAAGAAGGGUGAUUGGAAAGACAAUGAUACAUCUGGAACUAGGCUGUGAUCCUCAUAUCUGCACAGAACAGGUCCUCGGUCUUUGUGUGGAUAAAUAAAACCAUAUAUGAAUGGUGGACCUCAUUGAAGUGAAGGACGUCCAGUUAGAGAAGACUAUCGUCAACGGGAGGACCCAGAAAAGGCCUGUUUUAUUGGAUGUGGGUAAAUGAAAAUGCCGGCCUCAGCCACAGAUGUAGGGAACUGUUUUUUGCUGUGUUUUUCAUGUGUUUUAUAAUGAUUGUGAUUUUUAAUGCCUUUUAAAUUUAUUUGUGUGUUUUUGUAAAACUGUAUACUGUAUGCUGGUUUUAUAUCUGUAAGCCGCCCUGAGUCCCUCUGGGGAGAUGGUGGCGGGGUACAAAAAUAAAAUUAUUGUUGUUGUUAUUAUUAUUAUUAUUAUUAUUAUUAUUAUUAUUAUUAUUAUUAUUAUUAGGGAAUAGCCUCAAUUGAGCAAGGCCUCUCUGUCUCUGAUCUCAGGCUCUUCCUUUGCAAUGAACGUCAACACCAAAGAGUCCCACCAAAAGCAGGCGUCUCCAUUAAUGAGAGGCAUAGUGAAAAGUUAUUUUGAAUGGAAGAGGCUUACCUGCUCAGCGGGACAGUCUCUGCUCUUUGGAGAUCUCUGCUUUUGGGGAACACCGAAAACACACCACGGAUACAAGCAGAGUCUUGCACCUUCGGAUCUGCAAACCAUUCACUCCUGGUUCCUCCUUUGAUGAAGCCCGAUUGGGCAGCGCUUCCCUGGAGAGCACGAGAGACAAAGUCCUUUGGCGGCAUUUCUUCACUUUUCCCUUCCGCAGAUUGGACUUUGGGUCUUACUUUCUGAUGAGGCCGUUGUUGUUGUCUAUUCCUUCUGUCGCUUCCCACUCUUGGUGACCUCGUGGAUCAGCCCAGGCCAGGGCUCCCUGGUGGCCAUCAGGCCGGUCCCUUUCCUUUAUUGUGCGCAUGAUUUUUCUAAAGGUUUUCCCCUGACGUUACGUCUAGUCGUGACCGACUCUGGGGGUUGGUGCUCAUCUCCAUUUCUAAGCCAAAGAGCCGGCGUUGUCCGUAGACACCUCCAAGGUCAUGUGGCGAUAGGCAUGACUGCAUGGAGCGCCAAUGUUACCUUCCCGCCGGAGCGGUACCUAUUGAUCUACUCACAUUUGCAUGUUUUCGAACUGCUAGGUUGGCAGAGGCUGGAGCUAACAGCGGGCGCUCACUCCGCUCCCUGGAUUUGAACCUGGGACCUUUUGGUCUGCAAGUUCAGCAGCUCAGCGCUUUAACACACUGUGCCACUGGGGCUCCUUAGUGAAUAAAUAUCAGGUAAUAAAUUGGUAGAUAAUGUUAUAAUAUUGAUAUUAUAAGCAACUGUUAUAAUACUUUGUUUUAUAUUGUACUGUUGUUGUUUUUACCUAUGUUAAACUGUGAAUUGUAUAUUAUGUUUUUGUCUACUCUAUUUUAAUUUGUGUUGUUCGGCUUGGCCCCAUGUUAGCCGCCCCGAGUCCUCACGGGAGAUGGUGGUGGGAUACAAAAAUAAAGUUAUUAUUAUUAUUAUUAUUAUUAUUAUUAUUAUUAUUAAUGCGAUUUCCCUGCUUCUUGUCAGAACGGGGUUGGACUGGACGGGCCGGACGGAUGUCGGAUCUUCUCUGCAUCCUUCCUCCCUCCCUCCCUCUCCUCCACUUCCCUCCCUGCUCUCCAUUCCUGGCCAAGACCGGCUUGGCUUCCCUUCCAGGCCAAGAGCGUGCGCUUGAGCCACGAGUGACCGCCAGGUGUCACCCGCCCACCACCGCCCGUCCACUUGCUCCGCUCCUUCCUGCUCUGACUCCUGAAGAUGCGCCUCAAACCCAGCAAAUACUAUUCAGAGUACAGUAGAGUCUCACUUAUCCAACGUUCUGGAUUAUCCAACGCAUUUUUGUAGUCAAUGUUUUCAAUGCAUUGUGAUAUUUUGGUGCUAAAUUCGUAAAUACAGUAUUUACUACAUAGCAUUAAUGUGUAAUGAACUACUUUUUCUUUCAAAUUUGUUGUAUAACAUGAUGUUUUGGUGCUUAAUUUGUAAGAUCAUAACCUAUUUUGAUGUUUAAUAGGCUUUUUCUUAAUCUCUCCUUAUUAUCCAACAUAUUCGCUUAUCCAACGUUCUGCCAGCCCGUUUAUGUUGGAUAAGUGAGACUCUACUGUAUUUCAAAUGGGAAUGGGUGGGAAGUGGCACGCUCUCGGGCUUCCUUUUCUUCAGCGGCAGAGCAAUCCGUCGGUCUUUGUCCUGGAACGAAACCUGUGCCAUAAAACAUUUCAACAGGAUGCCCUGAACCUGUCGUGUAAUGAAUAAUAUCACAGAAAGACCCGUCCUGCGCAUUUGCUACAACCAUCAUUCACUGAAUGCGAUGCGUCUUGUUUCGUUCUCGCCAUAGAAUUUUAUCUUGUAAAUCACCUAGAGCAUCUUGGAUGGAGGGCGAUUAAUAAGUAAUUAAAUGAUGAUGAUGAUGAUGAUGAUAGAACGAAGUUCCGGAUAUAUUUUGGGUUCAUUAAGAUAGAUCGCUCUUUGCACAGCACACAAAUACGUGAAAGUACAACAUGGCCCCUGUGCCUGCAAGAUACGUAUUCCUAGGCUUUGUGUGGAUGCGCGGAACUGGAUACUGGCAAAUGGGACUGAAAUUUGGAGCCUCUGGCCCACAAAUGCCACAGAAUUGCCCUGAAGGACCUUAAAUGAACAGGCCCAUCAGAUUUCUCAUCAGACUAUUUUUCUAUGUUUACAAAAUUGUAUGGCACUUUAUCUCCAUUCCUUAUUCCAUGUGUUAUUUUGUUUACUGUUGAAUGUUUUAAUUUUGCUGUUAUAUUUUGAGUAUGUAAUGUUUUUUGCUAUGUCAUUUUGGGCUUGUCCCUGUUGUAAGCCACCCCGAGUCCCUUUGGGGAGGUGUGGUGGAAUAUAAGAAUAAAGUUGUUGUUGUUGUUGU